AUGGUAAAUAUCUUUGCGAUCUGUUUUAUUCUUUUUAUUAGCAAUAUUCAAUUUGCGACAUGCCAACAGACCAGUUAUGAUUGUGUUGGGAAACGAUCUCAAAUCAAUACAGCAGAAAAAUUAUCACAAUUACGGACUCAAAUGAAAAAUCUCGGUUUAUAUGCAUAUGUUAUUCUUUCGGAAGAUGAAUAUAUGCACGAGUAUGACACACGACGAGCAUGGAUAACAGGAUUUUCACGCUCAAUUGGUUCUAUUGUUGUUACACUUGAUCAGGCUACCCUGUGGAUCGAUGAUCGAUACAGAGCACAAGCGGAAAAUAAACUCGAUUGUGCUAACUGGCUUCUCAUGCGACAAGAUGAAUCUGGUGUAUCGACAAUUGCUGACUGGAUUUCUAGUAAAUUGAAUGUAAGAUCACCGUACAAUAAAGUAGGUAUGGCUGCUCAAUAUACUUCGUCUAUUUCUUGGUCAUCGAUGAAAAAUGCGCUGAUCUCACACGAUGUGCCCUUAGUUGAAGUGGCAGAAUUAAUCGAUCAAAUUCGAAUAAUGGAUCGAUCAAGAAAUUUGGACAAUUCAAUUUAUGUUCAUGAUAUAACAUUCGCUGGUCUCAGCUGGAAACAGAAAGUAGAAAUCAUUGCCGGAUUAAUUAAUGCUCAAUCAGCACAAGGUUUCGUAGUAACAGCAUUGGAUGAUAUUCCUUGGUUAUUUAAUUUACGUGGGUCGGAUAAUCAAUACACUCCAUAUUUCACAGCUUAUGCAUUCGUUCAUGCCAAUCAAACGACUCGUCUCUGGGUAGAUGAAUCUCAAUUGACACCCGAAGCAAAAAUACAAUUAGCGGAUGUCAUUAUUCAACCUUAUGACGAUUUUCUAUCCAAUCUGAAUACAUUAGCCAACAGCAGUGAUAUGAACAAGAUAUGGGUAACUCAAGCUGCAUCGCAAGCGGUUCUAAAUAGAAUUCCUGUUAAUAAGCGUUUUAUUGCAGGUUCACCGAUAGAACGUACAAAAGCUGUGAAAAAUCCCAUUGAACAAAAAGGCAUGCGUGAAAGUAGUAUUCGUGAUAGUAUAGCACGUAUACGUCAUUUGACAUGGUUAGAAAACGAAAUAAAAAAUAAUCGUCAAGUGAACGAAACACAAGCAGCUGAACAACUUGAAUAUUAUCAAUCACAAGAGGCUCACUUCAAAGGACUUAGUUUUCAAACAAUUUCAGCAGUUGGUGCUCAUGCAGCAGUAAUACAUUUUGAACCCGAUGCCGAAACAGCAGCACAAAUUACCAAAGACAAAGUCUAUCUACUAGAUGCUGGUGCACAAUAUCUCGAUGGUACAACGGAUAUCACCCGAACACAUACAUUUGGAGUACCAACCAUGGAAGAAAAGAAAGCAUAUACGUUAGUUUUACAAGGAUCCAUUGAUCUAGCUGAUGCUAUUUUCCCUGUUGGAACUUAUGGUCGACAAUUAGAUAUUCUAGCACGACAAUCUCUUUAUAAAAAUUUUAUGGAUUACGCUCAUAGUACUGGACAUGGUAUUGGUCAUUUUAAUACAAUUCACGAAGGUCCUUCAUUUAUUGGAAUGGGUUACAGUACGCGUGACAUUCUAUUGACAGAAGGUAUGGUGUUUUCUGACGAGCCUGGUUUCUAUUUACCAAAUUCAUUUGGUAUUCGUCUCGAAACUCAUAUCAUGGUUAAGAAUUACACAUUACCAAACAAUUAUAUGAAUUCAACUACUCAAUUUCUUCAUUUUGAACCGCAUACAUUCGUACCGUUCGAUCGCAAUCUAAUCAUAUGUGAAAUGUUAACACAAGCUCAGUUAACUUGGUUAAAUUGGUAUCAUGGAGAAGUUAGAAGUAUACUCGAGAGUACAGGUCGAUUGAACUCGGACGAAUUAAAUUAUUUGAAGGAAACAACACAACCAAUCAAUUGCUAA